AUGAAGGAAUUAUCAAAAAGAGGAGAUCAAUAAAAGCUCAAAGGCCAACUUUGCUGCGUAAGAAUAUUUCAUUUAAGAUCAAUUAGACAUGCUGGUCCUGCUUGGUAAGUAACAUGGGCACAUCCUAAAUAUGAGAGCAUAAUCGCUACAUGCGGAUAUGAUAAAAGAGUGAAUAUUUGGAAAGAAGUGAAAUAAUAGACUUGGGAUCUAGUCUAUCAGAUAGAAGCAGCAGCAUCAGUAAAUUCAAUCUCCUGGGCACCUUGGGAAUAUGGUUUGAUAUUAGCAGCAGGUUCAGCUGAUGGCAAAAUUCACAUCAUUUAGAGAAAGGGAGAUGAUACCUGGAGUACAAUCUGUUUCGAGGGGCAUAAUGGAGGUGUAAACGCUCUUAGUUGGGGACCAUCAACUGAUCCAUCAAUGCUGAGUCAAUAGCAUCCAAGCGCUUAAGCUGAUUAGCAAUAAUUCGCUCUGCCACCAAAGAGAUUCGUUAGUGGAGGUUGUGAUAAGAAAGUUAAACUAUGGACAUUCAAGGAUGGUAAAUUCAAUGAACAAGACUUAGCCACUCAUGAUGAUUGGGUGAGAGAUGUUGCAUGGUGCAAUAAUAUUGGAUUACUCCAUGAUACAAUUGCUACAUGUUCUGAAGAUUAAAAGGUUAAAAUUCUAAAGAGAGAUACUGCUACAGACUCAUGGAGCGUCAAAACUACUCUGGAUAUUUAAAUUCCAACUUGGAAAGUUAGCUGGAGUACAGUAGGAAAUCUUUUAGCUGUUUCAGGGCAAGAUAAUGUAGUUUAAAUUUUCAAAGAGGCUUCAAAUGGAGAGUAUGAAUUAGUCUCUAAAGUUAAUGAAGAAGGAGUUUUAGAUGGCAAUUGA